AGUAAUCUUGAACGCAAAACUUUUGCUGUUACUACCCUUCACAAAUAAUCGUUUAUAUAUCGUCAGCUCAAAUAGCAUGAAAGAGGCUUCAAGAACUGCUUAAUUUCAUGUUUUCAUAUCUCCGUAACUGCAAUUCCAAACAAAAAGUAGAGAAACCGAUCAGAUUUAAAACUUCAUCACCAUUUUAGAAAACCCAUCAUCUUGCUGGAGCCUCCUCUAACUGUCUUAUCCACCAACCACCAUGGGUGCCUUCCCUACUCCCCUGGCGGCUUUUGGGUUAGUUUACGCAAUCAUGUUCGUGAAAGGGUUUCCAGAAGAGGCCAUCUUUAAUGUCAUGAGUUAUGGAGCUGUGGGAGGAAGCAACACAGAUAGUUCUCAAGCAAUUUCAAAAGCAUGGAAGGCAGCCUGUAAUUCUAAAACUAAAAGUUCUACAGUGCUAAUUCCCAAGAGGCAAACAGUUAUGGUAAAACCAAUUCUUUUGAGUGGUCCUUGCAGAGCAAAAAGCAUCACUUUCAUGGUAAAGAAAAACAGGGAUUUCCCCCUCAUGAUUAAAUCUUUCCUAGAAUACUACCUAUCUUCAGGUAGAUGCAAAUUGUCACAGAUAAAUGGAGUGAUUGUGGCACCAACCUCACCGAAGGAAUGGGCGGGGACUGACAAGAGUCUAUGGCUAGCUUUCAAAGGGAUAAGCAGGCUCAGUAUCACUGGCUCCGGCAUCGGCAAGAUCGAUGGACGAGGCACAGGCUGGUGGAACCAAUCAUGUAGGGAUCACCCGAGCUUGGAGGGCCGCACCUUAAUAGCACCUACUGCGACGAAGAUCAUUUCAUGCAACGACACCAACCUGAGCAACCUUCACUUUAUUAACAGUUCACAAGCACAUGUACUAUUAAUGGAGUGCAGAAGAACCGAAAUCAAGAACUUGGUAAUCACAGCUCCUGAAAGCAGUCCAAACACUGACGGGAUUCACAUUCAUUCUUCUCACAAUAUUAUAAUAAAGAACACGACUAUAGGAACAGUAAUUGUGAUGAACAGGUGAUGAUUGUGUAUCUACAGGAGAUUACACCUCCCAUGUGAAUAUCUCACAUAUUAAAUGUGGACCUGGUCAUGGAAUAAGGUAGGCUCCCUAUUCAGAUAAACUCUAUAGAAUCACCUUUAGAGCCAAAAAGAAUACAAAGAAAUUAGAACAAAAUUCCAUAUUCCAAUAUCUGAUCUCAUAUGCUCUGGCAAUAGCAUUGGAAGCUUGGGUAAAAGUGGCAAUUUUGUACAAGUGGAGGACAUUAGCGUGAGUAAUAUCUACUUCAAAGGGACUACCAAUAGAGCUCGAAUUAAGACUUGGCAGGUUAAUGGAAAUUCUAAAUAGCUUACAUCUCAAUAAAAAUAAACUAUAAAGCUUCCACUAACACUUCCAAAAGAUUGGUAGGUGUACCAUUCAAAGAUUUGAAUCUCUAUUUUGGAUCAGUCCAUAUCCCCUUAAUUAUAGACCAAAACUAUGGUAAGGUAGAGGGAUUUUGCAAGGAAAAGGUAAGAGAAACUGAACUUCUUUGCCAUACUCAUUUUAAAUUUUGAGCCUUUAAUUAUUCAGCAUAUAGUGCUCAGAAAAUUUUUAUAUUUUAACAGCAAUCAGGCGUUCGCAUAGCCAAUGUAUCCAUCAAAAACCUUUUUGGAACAUCAAUGAGCAAUGUGGCCAUCAAUCUCAAUUGCAGUAGGUCUGUUGCUUGCACUGGUAUACUGUUGAAGUCAAUUCAGCUUCAAUCAGUAAACAGCGGACAAAAGGUGACCUCAAGUUGCAUCAAUGUCCAUGGAUUUGCCUUUGGAGUGGUUCAACCUAAACCCUGUCUUCAGAUCUAAAUCUGAAUCCUACAAAGAUCUUCCCCUCCCUAUUUAGCAAGGGGUAGAUGAAACUUGACUGUGAUCCCUUUGGUAUGAUAUUGGGAGCGAUGUGACCUUGUCAUUGACUCAUUACUAUAUGUUAGUUAAACCCUCUGAUGAAAAUAAUAAAAUGAAAAUAUGUAUACAACCCAAGAGAAUGAAACAUGACUGUUCUGAUGGAAAAGAACCAUUUGCACUGAAGUCAAUUUAAUGAUUAUGCCAAUAAACCUGACUAUUAACAAAAAGAGUAAGCUUACACAGAAAGGAAGAGAAAUAAUUUCAUAUGGUAGAACAAAUCAGAUCAUUAACAUGAAUAUUAACCAGUGCUUGGUACAGGAUGGUAGCAUAUAAUACAGCCCCUCAUAAAGCUAACUUUUGAAUUGCCAGCUCCUUGAGUGAAGUCACCAAUCUGCGAAAAACCUUGAGAUUGUGUCCUACUUUAUUCUGGAACACGACCAAAAAAGAGAAAAAAAAAAAAAAACAUUACAUUCUAUUUCAAACAUGCAAGCGUUAGAAGUGACAGAAAACAAUAAUACAGCCAUAGGACGACUUUAAACCACCAAAAACUUUCACUAAGUAUUGAAUAAAAUGGGAGGAUGGUCAACUUGCAUUUAUAUCUUGUUGAUAACUAUGGAUAUGUCACAACCAACCAACUUGUGUGCAUUUUUACCUAUCAUACGUUAAAAGUAUUGAUAUAAGUCUAGACUUUUCCUAAUAACCCAUUAGUUUAAGCUUAGCCUUUGGCUCAGUCAUUGAACAUUGUACCAGAGCAAAGGGUCCUAUUGUUUCAACUCCGUAAUGCCAUCUCCACUCCAAUCAAAAAUUGAUUUCCACUUAUUGUACCUUCUCGAAUUUUUCAAGAACACGAGUUAAGGAGAAUAUUAAAGACUUUGGUAUUAGACUAAAUAUACCAUUAAUCAUCAGCUUAAGUAACUAGAUUUAGCGGUAAAUUUAAUAUAAUAUUAGAGCAGGAGGUUUCGUGUUAGAUCCUUGUAAUGUCAUUUUCUCUUUAAUUAAUAUUGAUUUCUAUUUGGUGGACGUUCUACAAAAUCUCAAUCCCCAAGUGAAGGGAAAUGUUGGAUACAUUGGUGAUCUAACAUCAUAGUGAUCUAACAUCAUAAUGAUCUAACCUUGCAGAGUGUGGCAUCAAUAAAUUGUCUUACAAUAUUUAAGAUUUUAAGCAGUUGACAUCAUAAAUCUGAUCACAUUGCCUAAAAAAACUUGAUUCAUAGUCGUCUUUAAUUUUUUUUUUAAAAAGGAAACAAAACUUUCCUUUAAUAAAAUGAAGAGACUAUUGCUCAAAUUACAAAUCUAAUUUGAUGGUUUAGGAUGAUGAUAAAAAUAAUGCUAAAAACAACCAUCAAAUUGUCAAUUGAGCAAAGGUGAAUGCAUGCAAUGAAUUCAUGAUUCUUAAAUGAUGUCAUUUACAUAAUACAUUGACUUCGGAUCAGAUUGAGCAUCUUAACUCUUCUAAGGUUUAGAAAGAAAUUAAACUGAGAGGCAAUUAACCCAAGGAUAACCAAGCAUUAAAGGGGGUGUUAGGAGCAAAAAGUUAUAUAGUAAGCCCAAGGAGUUAUGAAGUCUAGGAAGUUUAGUGUAAAAAGUUGAUAAGAUAUGAAGUUGAUGUUAUUUAGUGAUGGGACUCAUAAAUUCCUUAGGUCAAACAAGAAGGGGUUUUCACAACUCCUACUUCCCAACUCUUAGGGUCAAAAAGACCCUAAGAAAUUCUCUCCAGGCCCGUGAGAUUGAGUCUCUUGGUGAAAAGUUUUUCAGAUUAGCAGAAUUGUACCGUGAAUAUAAUUUUAUUUACGAUUUAUGCCAUGAACAUUAUGCAUGAAGUACCCUAACCCCCAUACCUCAACAAUUAAAAAAAAUUAAUCACUACCACUUCAAUAUUAAACCUUGCCAUUUAGACUGAAGGAUAUACAAUUUUAUAGUUUGAAUUUUUAGUAACAAGAAUACUGGCGGUUGUUGUUUAAGGACAGCAAAUAACUGCAAGUAGUCAGAGAGUGAAUCAUAACAGGAAGCAUACCUCGCUUAGCAACUCAAGCCUUUCUAAGAUAGGAAUCAAUUUUCCACAUAAUGAAGUUAUUUCCUGUGCAGAGUCAGACUCGGCAUGAUAUGAAAUUGCUUUAAUAUUUGCAUUACCACUGGGAAUAAAAGUGCUGCAAAGCCAAAAGAAAAAGAAAAAUUACUAACAAAGUGACAAGAUCUGUAUCUUGUUACCCAAGUAUGCAUAAUUCCAACUGAAAAUGGUACAACUGAAAUGGUACUAUCAUGACUUUUAUAUGCUGCAUUAUUUAUUUUCUCUGUUUUGGUCGGUAUUAUAUUUGGGAUAUAAUGUUUUGGUGCUAAUGGAGUGUCAACCUAGUUGAGAUACCCGGAUGCACCUUCUGAUCCUCCUAGUUUUUUGCUCUUUAUGCUUCUUUAUUAUUUUCGAUGUAUAUACCUCUUGUACUUUGAGAUUUUAUCAUUAAUAAAGAAGUUUGUUUCCUUUUUAAAAAAGGUAUCCUUAUGAAAAUAACACAUCACAGGUAAGCAGUGGCCUCCUAGACGAAGUAGAAAUGCCAUAAAUUGAGCUAUGAUCAUAUUUUAUAACUUGUCAGCAUUAGGAAAUAUGAGAAACAAAGAUGCAGAUAUUUCGAUGACGACAAGAGCCAGCAAUACUUUCGUUUCUAUGAUGAUAUUCCACUAACCAUAUACUCUCACAAGAGCGACCAAUUUAACAAGAAAUGCAGAAACGAAUUGCAAUGUCAAUCAGCCCAGAGAUACAACGCAACAAUGUUCUUUUCUCUUAUUAAAGAUAUCACAAAAGAAUUAAUGUUGUUACCUUGCCCAACGAACCAACCAGCAGAUUAAUCUGCUCCAGUGUUACAUCAUCAGCUUCAGAAACAUCCUCCCCAAGUAUUUGAUCAAACAGUCGCUGGUUUCCUUUAAUAAAAUCAACAACUUCUCGAACAAUUUUAUUUUUCACCU